ACGUAAAAGAGGGGAUACGUUGGUUUCAAUGGAAUUUGUCGCGUACUACCCGUUCCGUCCACGCGGUGGCGGUCGCUGCUUCUCGAGAUGGUUUGACGACCACCGACGUACCUCUUUGCUCCCUUGCGCAUGAGCGUCAAAUGUCAACGUUUCCUACCAUUUGCCGGACAAGUUGGUUUGAAAUGAUCCAAAGUUAACAAGACAAAUGGCGUCUUUAUCGUAAAUGUUUGGCUUUGCCGCAACCCAAGAAAAGCGGAAGCAUGGCGGCGAAUGAGGAUCAAGAGAUGGAGUUGGAGGCACUUCGCUCCAUUUACGAGGGUGACGAGUGUUUUAAAGAGCUCAGUCCGGCUUCGUUUCAGUUGCGGAUAGGAGACUUGGAAGAUUCCAAAGCAUUCAUCUUGGACAUCUCGUGGCCAGAGACGUACCCCGUGACCGGCCCCCGAAUCUCCCUGGGUGGCUUUUUUAACAACCGAAUCGCUCCGGAAACCAAGCGACUCAUUCUGUCCAAGCUGGAGGAACAAGUGGAGGCCAACCUGGGCGACGCCAUGACGUACACCUUGUUCGAGUGGGCCAAGGAGAACCGAGAAGCGCUGAUGGAGAACCACAGAGCCGCGGUCCCCGCCGUGACGUUAACAUCCGGAGGCGAUUCCACGCCCAACGCGGCGGCCGCCGCCAAGAAGAACAAGAAAGAGCAGCUCACCAAAGCGCAGAAGAGGAGGAUCGUCAAUCGGACAGACAACAAAGGGGAACUGCCGAGAGGUUGGAACUGGAUCGACGUCAUCAAAGAGGGAUGCCGAGGAAGCGGGAGAAAUGGCGCCGUCUAAUCGUUGACGGUCCUCGUCCGGUUGAGACGUCUGCGCCUCGGCGUUGACGCUCAAUUCCUCCUCCGAGAUGUCGUCCGCUUCCUCCCGAGACAAAAUAUCCGGGUCCGGAGCCUCGGGUCUGGCGAAGAUUCUCAAGGCCGACCGGUCGCCGCACGCGCCCUCUUCCUGAUCGGCGACGACGAUUCGUUGAGAGAAAUAAUCUUUCAGGUGUCGCUUGAUCUUCUGCUGGGUGAGCGUGCCGUACGACGACUCGUCGAUGAGGGAGCGGGACGUGGCGCGCUCCUCCCUGUCCCAAGCCGCGAUCAGCUGCCUCAAGUUGGCCAAAUCCAGGGUACUUUUCUCAACGAUGCUCUUAAUGAUAUUGUUGACCUUGGCAUCUUGAUCUUUGUCCUUUAGGCCGUAAGUCAUAUUCUAAAGCACAAAUGCAAACAUCCCAUUAGUAGGGAAACGUGAAUAGCGAGGUUGCACCCGUGCCAUUUUUUGGGGGGCCUCCCGAUACUGCACCCAUAUGUUUCAGUUUGGGUUUUUGUUUUCAUACUAGUAAUGAUAAACUCGUUUCACUACAUGACGGAAGCGUGAAGAACUUACGCGGGCGGGCGCCCUCGCAGUCAUCGGCGUUAGACGUCCCAUCGGUUUAAAGUGGGAGGGAUGAACGUUUGGCCGCCGCCCUCGCACUUCAAACGGAUAGGACGUCUACUCGCGAUAAAUCGUUUAGGUCGGUGGCAGGAGGACGAUCGGACGUCCGUCGUCGCCGGCGGCCAUUUUGGGUAGGGCAAUCUCAAAAAGUCCAUUUCGCGCAGCAUCGGCACUUUAUUUCUAGAGGCGGGAAUCUCGGGGCACCUCACGAUUCGAUUCGGAGGCAACAAUUCGGUUAUGAAGACAUUAUCGACGCGCGACCGACCGCCAGCUAUUAGCUGCUUUAAAUGUUUGGUACAUUAGUUUCAAAAAUGGUACAGGAAUCCUCUCGGGCUUCAAUAAAUUACGAUUUCAUUGUCAAGUUAACAGUUCAAAACUGUAUAUAAAAUACUCAGUCCCCAUUCUGUAUCAGCAGCUUUAAACUAAAAGUUGUUUCAACUGCUCUCGUUAUUCCAUAAUUUGCUUUCGACACUUAAAACCGUUUCAUCAUUUAAAGAUGGAUUCAAGUCAAGAUUUUGCCGAUGUAGGAGUAUUUUAGAUCAAAAGUGAAUUAGGUUCGCUACAACAGAGCCUCCCUGAGAAGUCUACCGCUUUAAGAUGGCGGCUGUUGUCAAACGCCGGCGAGUCUGUUAUUUCCCAUCUAGUUCUUUAUAGAUGUGAUAUCAACCGUAGCACUAUGUGGGCGGCGUUUUUUUCCUCUAGCGCAGGGGUGUCCAAACGUUUUGCAAAGGGGGCCAGAUUUGGUGUGGUAAAAAUGUGGGGGGGCUGACGUCAUUUACGUAGAACAAUAUAUUUAAGCAGAUGUUAUCAAGCCAUUCUGUGUAUCACGUUUGCUUUAUUCUUCUUUUUUAAUGAACAAUCUCACACCUAUCCUUUGUGGCGUUCUCUUUUGAUUCUCUGGCUCUUGCGAAAUACUGCUGCUGUGAAAUUAAACUAGCUUCAAUUUCUCGCUGCGCAUCUUCCCUGUAAUCUUGUCGUACAUGUCAGAAUGUCUUGUUUGGUAAUAUCGCCUCACAUUGAACUCUUUAAAAACAGCGACUAUCUCUUUGCAAAUGAGGCAGACACAGUUGUUGGGUAUUUUAGUGUAGUCCCAUUUCCACCUAUCCUUGAAGUGUCGGCCGUUGCACUCAAUUUUCUUUUUUUGGUUGAUUGUCGCCAUUUUAGGAAAUUGCAAGUAAAGGGUCACACGGGGUAAUGUUGCUUAGAGUGCUGCUGCCUUUUAAUGGGUAAAUUUAGUAUGUGAGCUACUUCAUAUGCUGGUAGCAGUACUGCUGACCAAUUUAUGAAGUCUGUGUGCGGGCCAGACGUUAUUGAUUUUAUGACAGAGGCUGGGGCCCAGAUGAAAUUUGAACACGGGCCGCAUUUGGCCCCCGGGCCAGACUUUGGACACUCUAGCGGCAUGAAUUGAACAUGAGAUUUACUCUCGGUCCGUUCCCCAUUGCGUCCCGAAGACCACGCCGACUGUUUUCGUUCCGGUUUACUUGGCAUACUGUAUUCAAGCCAUCGGAAUAGGCAUGUUUGCGAAUCGUUCUCGAAUCUUCAAAGAAUUGGAAAUUUCGCACACCUUUAGUUCUGUGUUCCAUAUCGGUACAGAUACGAGUAUCUGCGCAUCGCUAAUAAUGCUGGUCUACAAAAUUUGGAUCGCUCUCUGCUUUAGAGAGAAAUUUGGCUAAAUGCCUUGGAGCGGUGACACAGGUUGGGAAAAGAAGAGAUGUUAGUGUCGGUUGGAUAAAGUCUUCAAGUUUGAUGACAUCGUUGUUUUCACCAGAUGGAUAUAUUCCAAAACAGCCAGAUUGAUGUAAUGCAUUUUGCCGGAAAAACUAGAGCCGAUUGACCUGUUUGGGCUCAUUUUUCUUUUUUAGCGACUUAUCUAGGAAGCAGACGGGUGUCAUUGGUGGCAGGAUCCACCCUCAAUAAAUGGCGAGUUGAAUAGUUGAAAACCUCAUUACCUGUCCCGUACAACAACCUUUGACGUCGUCGCCCAGCAUCCCCCGUCGAGCGAAAAAAUCCUUAAUGCCGUUUUGAAUCUUCUCAACGGAGAGGGUUUCAUUUCCGUGCCCGAGCGCGGGGCUCUCGCGACUCAUGUUUGCCAACGGUGCGGUGCGGUGCGGUGCGGACACGUUCCCGUAGGGCUCUAGGCCAACAAAGGGCACACGUGACAUCGUCCCCCUUUGUCAUUAGGCUUGGACUUUGUCGUCAAGGCGUUCCUGCAAACGGUGUCACCGAGGCGCAUCGCCGUAGCCUUUUGCGACAAAAGACUGCGACCGGAUCCAGGCUGAGGAAAAUAGUUUGCUUUGGACCUCAAUGAAAAAGCCACAGAGAUGCUUUACUUGUAUUUAUUUGCUUUUUUGAUACAUCAAAAAUAAAGUUCUCACUAAAACAAGAUGAACGUGUGACAGCGCUGCAAGCGGCUUUCGACGGAUUGUGCUCUUAUCGACCCAUCGGCAGGUGGCUCACUACCUGGAACGGCGGUCUUUUCUGUUCUUGUCCAGACUUUUGUCCAUGGUCUUUUCGUUGUCCCCCCUGCAUUUGGGACAGUACCACUUGCCCUUGGGUUUGUAGGUCAGACCCACGCAGGAGAAGUGGAACCACUCGAUGGGGCACUGGUCGUUGUCGCAACCGAUCAUUUCGCCGUAAGACACCUGCUCGCACAAACAGUAGGUGGGCUCGUUGGGGUCGAUGGCAAAGUCCACCGGCGAAGCGUCUCGCUCCUGCUUGGACUUGCGCUUCUUUUUCUUGGUGGACUUAGACUUGGACUUCUCUCUGGGAAGCGGGACGGGCGGCU